AUGGGUUUUGUUGCCGAUGAAGAACCAUUCAAGAGUGGUUUUCCGACUGACGCAUUAAUAUCCAAGGAAGAGAGUCAGCAGCCUUCUUUCAUCGGAAAAUACGGUCCGGAUGCGGAUGGGAGAAACGUAGUGAUUGCUAUUCUUGACACCGGUGUAGAUCCUUCGCUGCCUGGACUACAGUUGACAACUGAUGGAUCUCGUAAAAUUAUCGACUGCAUCGACUGCUCUGGAGCUGGCGAUGUCGACACAAGCAUGGUGAAGUCGUCGGUGGGCAGUGUUGUUGUUGGUCUGACCGGCCGCCUUUUGAAAAUACCGAAAACUUGGAAGAACCCCACCGGGAAGUGGCAUCUUGGAAUUAAACCUAUCUAUGAGUUGUACCCGAGGUCCCUACGUAAAAUCGAAGAUUGGCGAAGAGAAUCGUGGGAGUCUCCGCAGCAACUGGCAAAAGCAGACGCCCUUCGUCAACUGCUUGAACACGAAGAUAUCGUCGGAGGAUACAGUGACAAGGAUGCGGAUAAACACGACCGUGAAAAUCUGGCAUGCCAGGUAGAUUUCUUGAGAUCCGUUGACAAAUUGGAAGACAAGGGACCUGUCGCAGAUUGCAUAGUUUGGCAUGAUGGUGAUCAGUGGAAGGCCUGUAUCGAUACGUCUUUCCGAGGUCGGCUUUCUCUAUGUCAUGAAAUGGGUGAUUUUCGACGUACCGGACAGUAUAAUAAGCUUUCCGAGAGAGACGUGGCUAACUAUACGGUUCGCAUUGCACCAUCCGGGAAUCGUUUGGAAAUAUGUUUGCCUAAUGGUGCUCACGGUUCGCACGUGGCCAACAUUGCGGCGGCCAAUUUUCCAGACGCCCCUGAGCAGAACGGUCUUGCACCUGGAGCUAAAAUUAUAUCAAUGAUGAUUUCUGAUAUCCGUAUAAACUCAAUGGAAACUGGUACUUCGUUGAUCAGAGCGUUUAAUCUGUGCGUUGAAAUGAAGGUGGACAUUGUAAACAUGUCUUUUGGAGAAGGGACCAAUUUUCCGGAUAGAGGACGUGUGAUCGACGAGCUAAAGAGAAUCAUUGAGGAGCAUGAUAUUGUUUUCGUUGCCUCUGCAGGAAACAAUGGGCCAGCUCUGUCUACUGUUGGGUCCCCGGGUGGCACAACGUGUCAAAUCCUCGUUGUACCCAUGGAGCUCUCGUGGUCCUUCGUUCGUUUUCACGUCUGCCCAGAAUCCACGUUGGGUGUGUCGUUGUACGCUCCGGGAGCUGCAAUCGCCGGCGUUCCUCGAUAUACUCGCAGAUCAACGGAAAUGAUGAAUGGGACAAGUAUGAGUUCCCCGAACGCUAUGGGAGCAAUAGCUUGCAUGCUUUCGAAAUUACGCGCUGACAAUAUUCCUUGGACCCCAUAUCGAGUUCGCAUCGCUCUAGAGAACACCGCAGCCAGAAGUGUCAGCGAAGAUGCAUUUGGUGGCGGUCGCGGUUUGAUACAGGUUUUCUUUUUCUUCUGCCUUCUGAGAGGACUUGGUCUAUUAUUUGAGGUAGUUCGUGAAAAGUACGUCGACUUGUCAAUUUCCAUUCAGAUUGUUGGAGUGUCUGCAGAUCAUCUUGAUUUGGGGCCUUUGUUCCGUGUGCCAAUCACUGUUAUCAGCCCUGAAGAAGUUUCAAUUGACGAUGAUUAUACGUGCGAACGUGAACUUGAAGCACUAUCUGGAGAAGCCAAUCGCUUUUUUAUAGCGGUACCUUCGUGUGCCAAUGUUUGUGGUUCGUGGUCUUUUCUCAUCACAUUUUUGUGCGGCGCGAAGCGUUUUACAUUGCACUGUUUACAGAUUAUAGACGAUAAAUGCUUCCGCAACUCGGAGACCUAUAAGAAUCUUGGCCCAGAUAGCUACGAAUGGAGACAUUUUGUUUCCGUAGUUGAAAAUCGUACUUUGGAAAUAUGUCUGGUGCGCAGCUGGACGCGCGGUCCUGAGGCAAUUACUGUGAGGCUGUUCACACGAUUUCAUGGAGUCAAGAGGGAUCCGAAUAUCAAUCUGGUCCACGGCUCACCGUACACUCCAAUUAGAAUCGAAGCAGCUCCAUUCCGCCCUGUCGACAUUAGGCCGACGAUUGGAUUCACCACACUUCAUGUACCAUUCAAACCGAUGUCGGUGAAGGUUGAGCCUCUGGGUCCGCGAGAUCUUUUAAUUAGAGGAAAACAGAUUCAUCGCAUCCUCCUAACCUAUAAAUUGCAUGUCUCAAAAUGCUGUGAUAUUCGCCUCGAUUUACCAAGUGUUACCUCGUACCUUUACGAAUCUCCUUAUGACUCCGUUCUAGUCCAGUUGUUUUCGUCUACGAAAGAAUUUAUCGGAGCUUCAAGCAGUUAUCCUGAGAGGUAUUCAUUCAAAGUAGAAAAAGGUGAGUACGUAGCCCAGGUGGAGGUUCGUCAUCCUGAAACUAUACGUGAUUCCAUUUUUGUUGUGUUGAUGUUGCAGGUUGAUAAGACUGCAAUCACUUAUACCUUCACUGAAUACAGUGGGCGACCAACCAAAGCUCUAUCGAUGGUGAUUCUGAAGGAUAAGAAACCUCAUCAUGAAGAAGAAGAAAUGAAUGCGAUUCGUGAUGCUCGAAUCUCAUGGCUUACAAAGCUGAAAGAUCCGCUUGCUGUUCAUCGUUUGUAUUCUGACCUUAUCGCUGUGUAUCCGGAUCAUUUGCCCCUAUUGCUUACCAAGCUGAAAAUCCUCUACUGCUUCUGUGUGAUCAUAUUAACAUUUAUUUUUCAGGAUAGCAGAGGCUUCACUAUGGAAGAGGUUAAGACUGCGUACAACGAUCUUCUUACAUGGGUGUCGCCUGAUGACGUGAAGGUGAAGCGAGGGCUUCCUAUCUUUUAG